AACACAAAGCCACCGAUGAAGAACCUUUCGGAACUUACUUCGUAAUUCCUCCAGGCACAAUUCAACACAACGCAAUUCAACACAAUUCAACGCAAUUGUUGAGAGCGCUGGUUGACAGUAGAGUGAGCUCAUGUAUUCCACAAACAGCCGUGAGCGUGCGCAGUGCCAAAUCAUUAAACAGAUGAAAGAACGAUAACGUGUUGUAGAUGGGGUAUAUACCUUCCCAACGGACGUCCGUUUUGGGUUGGCACCUCUACAGGAAGCUGCAAGUCGACCGGCCAAUGACGUACUCGCUGAACAGCCGACCAUACGGAUUAACGUUAUUAUCGAGUUUCGCUCCUUCAAAAGAGCCAAAGCAGUUCACCUGCAUCAACUCCUGGCAGCCUGGAAAUUCCAUUCGUAUUCCCUCUGGACCGACCCCUUGUGUUUUUGGAAUUCAGAGAACGCCAAGAUGCCUACCUCAACGCUUCGAACCGCGGAGCUCUCUCUUCUGGACCAAUAUAUGCCCAGGAUAUACAUAACCCUCUUUCUUGUCUUUGAGACCUCUGACCCAAGCGGCGCGGUUGACAGCCUUAAGGCCGGCCUCAAGAGACUCAAUCGACGUCUUCCGAACCUCAAAGGCCGCGUCUUCUCAACAGACGGUGGCCGAGUGGGACUACGAUGGUCUCCGACCGCCAAGGACGUAGAGCUGCAUGAGGUGCCAACCAACGGACUGAUUCUCUCCGGAACAAGCUUCACGAAACUCAAGACCGAGGGCGUGCCGCUGCACUACUUUCCCCCCUGUCUCUCCCCCCUUCUGCGACUGUCAAAUGUCCGCUCCGACUCUGGCGAACCCGUCUUCGCAGCCAACUACACGCUCCUAGACGGCGGCCUGGUUGUGGGCCUCUCGGUCCAUCACAGCGUGAUGGACGGCACCGGCGUGGUCGAGCUCAUCCGCUUCUGGGCGGCCUGCACGCGCUCCGAUGCCAUCGACGCAGCAACCCCAGCCCCUGAUCCCGACGAGCCGCUUCGUCGCGAUAUCUUGCUGCGCCUAGCCACUGGACAUGCCACGCAAACACGGCCCACUCUCUUCCACGAUCUCCUCGCCCGACAUCCCGAGUUCGCCCUCCUAUCCGACGCCACGCCAGCACCACCCCUCCCGUCGCCCAAGGGCACCUCAAAACUCUUCACUUUUGACACCUUCAAAUUGGACAGAGCCAAAACAGCCCUUCGAGCUCUCAAAACACCGCUUGAGGCAAAGUGGAUAACAACCAACAGCAUCCUCUGCGCAGCCAUCUGGUCAUGCAUCACCCGCGUCCGCGCAGCAAGGCGUGGCCAAGAAGGGUUCGGAGCAGGAGCAGCAGCCAGCUCUAAACUCGGCUUCGCGAUCAACGGGCGGACAAAGUUGGAUCGUACUUCUGAACUCUCGGAGCGGCCGUUCCUGGGGAACGUGACUCUCUACGGGCUGGCCGGGGCGUCUGUUUCGCACCUGGAGCGGGCAUCAUCAUCAUCAGUUGCUACUGGGGAGAGGGCAGAGCUGGUAGUCGAGGCCAUUGGCGAUGCCAUCAAGCGAGUUACGCCCGUUUACGUCGCUGAGGUGAUGGAGCUGAUCGGGCGGGCGCCGGACGUGGAGAAGAUCAUGCCGGGGUGGAACAGCUUUGACGGGCCGGAUUUGAUGCUCACGAGCUGGAUGAAUAUGGGGUUGUAUGAGGCUGAUUUUGGGCAGGGCAUUGGGAAGCCGCGGUUUAUGAGGGUGCCGCAGAUGGAGGUGGACGGGUUUGUGAUCGUUCUGCCGCGGAAAAGGGAGUUAGCACAUGCGGAGAUAGGGAGGAAGGAAUGCAUUGAAGUUGUUGUGGCGAUGCAUCCGGAGGAUAUGGCGGCGCUUAACAGGGAGGUGUUAUGGAGAGAUCUUCUUGCUUGAAUACCGGCCGGAAGGGAUACUAGCUCGAUGCUGCGAUUGGCUGAGCAUGAGGUACGAAGAGCGGGAUUAAGCCGAGGCAGCCGUUGAACAUUCCACAAGACAGCAGAUAUAAACAACAGCGCUCAUCGCAACUCAAUCAAGUCAAUUCUCUCAGCGAAACUUGAGUUAUU